GAAGCUCGCCCCCCCUUCCCUGGACCCCAUUUCCGGUCCCAUCCCAGAGCUCGGGCAACAUCCCAACGGACACUUCCCUGAGGUCUUCCAGCCGCCACUGGUUCUGCCUCCUGCCUCCCUCGCCACUCAGGCUGGGAAAUCUCCGAGGCCGCCACCGCCCUCGGCCCCGCCGCUGCCUGCUCCGCGGCCCUCGCUUCCGCGCCGUCCUUGCCUUCGCCUCGGUGCCCGGGCCGCCAGCCAUGGCCACCGCGCCGCUCUCCCAAGUGCGCCAGAACUACCACCCCGACUGCGAGGCCGCCAUCAACAGCCAGAUCAACCUGGAGCUCUACGCCUCCUGCGUGUACCUGUCCAUGGCCUGCUACUUCGACCGCGACGACGUGGCCUUGAAGAACUUCGCCCAGUUCUUCCUGCGCCAGGCCCGCGAGGAGACCGAGCACGCCGAGAAGCUGAUGCAGCUGCAGAACCAGCGCGGCGGCCGCCUCCGCCUGCGCGACGUCAAGAAGCCGGACCGCGACGACUGGGAGAGCGGCCUGAGGGCCAUGGAGUGCGCCCUGCACCUGGAGAAGAGCGUGAACCAGUGCCUGCUCGACCUGCACCAGCUGGCCGCCGCCAAGAACGACGCCCACCUGUGCGACUUCCUGGAGCGCCACUACCUGCACGAGCAAGUCAAGUCCAUCAAAGAGCUGGGGGGCUAUGUCACCAGCCUGCGCAGGAUGCGGGCUCCCGAAGACGGCAUGGCGGAGUACCUCUUUGACAAGCUCACCCUGGGCGACGGCGACGAAAAGAACUGAGGUGGGACUGUUCCCCUAUAGCCCAGGGUGCGUGGCGACUUUCCCUGAUCACCAUGCCGAGCACGCAUACUGCAGCAUCGCCUUUGCGAAACGUUCCAGUUUUUUUCUUCCAGUUC